UUCAGUUGACAGGGCUGUGUAUACUCCUUGGUACUUGACUGCAGUAACAACAUUCCUUGCACGUUUGACUUCGACUUUCUGGCCUUACAUCCAGUUACUGAAGAUCCGGUCACUUUACAGAUACAAACUGGACAGUGGUAGCCGGUGGUAAAUGUAGUCUAAUAAUUAUUCGUGCUGUUUGAGUGUUUUUGCAAGAGAUUGUACAUGUUCCAGACUGUUCUAUCAUCAAAACCAUGACCAGUGAGAGAUGAUGGAAGCCUCUGAGCAUCAGAAUAUCAGGAAUGCCAAGACGGCUGGUGAUGGGAUGGAUGAUGAUGAGGUCAUCAGCUCCACUGAUGCUGACACCAGCUCCUGGGAAAGUGAACCCAACACUGCCCGAAGCUCCCGGCAGUAUUACCCUAUAAAGGGUCAAUCAAACGCCCAACCCAAUGUAGAUACUGGUGAUCUGGAAUUUCUAACUAACGGACUUAGCUCAGAGGAGCACCUUGAUAUCUUGGGUGAUUCAGGUUUACUUUCAUCUCAGUACUUAAAGAAGACUUUAGGGGUUGAGGCAAAUGAUGCUCAAGGAUCCCACCAAGAUGGUAGAGAUGUUAACGGGGAGAUGAACAGACAAGGGGCUUUGGAUAAUGUGAAAGAGGCAGAUGGGAUGACUUCUGAUAGCUCAACAGACAGAGGAGAUGAGGAUAUCAUUGAAUUGGACCUUACCAAAGAACCAAAAGGUCCGUUGCUUGGGAAUGGGUUCCCAGGACUCCAACAUUCCCAGUUUGGAUUCCUACCUUCCCUUGGUGGAUUUGGUGCAAGUCCCUUUGGCUCUUUGAUGACAGGAUUACUUUCCAGUGAUGGCGAUGGAUUUGAGAAUGAUGCUGAUGUAUCGAGUCAAUCCGAAGCCGAAGAAGUACGGCAUUCUAGAGAGCGAGUUGAGGUCCUUUCUCCUGGACAAGAAGGUGGAACUCAACAGGAAAGAUGGGAUCAUCUAUUCACGAUCUUGGAACAACAACAUGUCCAACAGUUGACCUUACAACGAGAGCACCAUGAGAGGCAAGUUGAAAUGCUUCAACUACAACUUGCUCGCCUGACUGAAGAACAAGAAGGUCUCAUCUCUAAACAACACCAAGAGCCUCUUGGGCGUGGUUCCACAUCACCAAGACUGGAAGCAACCACAACUGGACAUGGCAACCACCUGAAUGGUCAUGAGAAGCAGGCGAGGGUCACUCCAAAUGGAAAAGAAAACGAGAGGACUUCAUCACCAGGAUUCAUAUCCGUUUCCAGUCAGGAAGAGACAGAUUCAGCAUCUGGCGACAGCGACCACACCUUAGAAGGGUCCUUAGAGGAUGCAAAUGAGACACUGAUGACAACGUGGACAGACGUCAUGGAACAAAAACAAGCUGAGAUGGUCAAGGACAGGAUCACUGACAAGGAGUCAAAGACACAAGAGAUAGGAAGUAGUUUUCAAGGGCAGGAGGACAGCAGAGUUCGGGAUGUAGCUGCACAGUACGACAAUCACCUAAUCGCUCUGCAGAGAGAGUUUGCUCAACAGCAACACAAUUUACAAGAACAGUAUGCAUCUCAGGUACGGAGCAUGCAACACCAGUGGUUAUCACUGCAGCAACAGCAGCAAGAACAGCAAACGGUGAUCAGGCAUCUCCUAUCACGCCAACAGGAGAGAAUCAAUCAGACACAACGAGAUAUGCGUGGGGCGACACAAGGGAACGAGGAGUCAGAUAGUGCAGAUCAGAAGGGAGACACGGAUAGAGACACUCCAACCUCAGAUGACACCAGUACAACAUAUUCUGAUUUUACCUACUGGAAACAAGCGGAGCAAGAUACGUACAAGGCACUCCCAGAUAUGUCCACAGACGAGGUCUCAAGUGAACAGAGAAGCCCUCCAAUGGAUGCCAACAAGGGUCAAAGGUCACCUCAAACUGAAAGGUCGCCCCAUCAAGAUCUUAACCAAAGGUCACCUGAACUUCAUGGCCAUCAGUGGGUGGGGCAAAGGUUAGAUCAAAGGUCACCUCAUCUGUCGGGUCAAAGUUCAUCUCCAGGGCAAACAGUGGACUUCGGAGAGGAAGAUGCAAAUCUUUCAUCAAGGUUGAAUCUACGUGAGAAGCAUGCCAGACACAUAGCGGACUUGAAAGCUUACUACGACAGUGAGAUGCAAGACCUUCAAGCCAAGCUAAUAGAGGCAACAGCCCUGAGUGAUCACUCCCCAAAUAAAACCCUCGAACGAACCAAUCAGAGACUUCAGAAUAACUGUGUCAAGCUGGAGACAUCAUUGAAAUCUGCUAACAGCCGCAUUGAAGACCUUGAAACUACUGUGCAAGUUAUGGAAACCAGACUGGCUGAGCCUCAUGACAGUACUAAUAACUCGGUGACCAGUCUACUUCAUAAAGUGAAUGACCUUAAGCAGUUAUGCAGACACAAGGAGUCCGAUAUCCAGACACUGGAGAAGAAGAAACGGGAACUUCAGGUAUCUCUGGACCAAGCUUACCAGCUUCAAGAUGCACAAGCAAUGGAUGAGCAGAGAGAUCAAAAGAUUUUAAAACGGGUUUUGGCCGAGUAUAAAGCUCUAGCUGAGAAGCAUGAGAUAACUCGAGACCUGCUGCAAGCGACGGAAACUCAGCUGUAUGACUCCAAAGCAAAAAUUGCUGACUUGACAAGGGUGGUUUCACAUCUGGAGUUUGAAGUGAGGCGAAUAGAUUUGGAAAGUUCAGUACUAAAGAGACGGAGUGUACCAGAGUCGUUAAGUGGUACCAGCCUACGGUCUGAUAAUGCCUUGAAAUUGGACACUGCCAUGCGGUCGCCCUACAACAGUAAUCAAAAGAAAGAUCUGAACAAAGCGUCACCGGAGCGCGGAGACCGUCAUAGCGUCCCUAUCGCAUCAGGUGAUGCGCCCUCUGUUGGCCGUUCUGUGGAAGAUAGGAAGUUCCUGAAGUCAAGCUUUAAUAUGUUUACUGGAAAGGAACUGGUUUCGUCUGAGAGUGGUAGCGAAAGUCUUCAAAUUGCCACGGAUUCUGAAAGUUCAUCUCAACUGGAAGAUGAUAGACUUGGCUUGGAUCACAGCAACAACCUUGAUGUGCCCUUGGACCUUGACGAAGAGCGCCCUCUUUCACCGAUGAUGAAAGCAGCCCGUCAGUUUGAUAUGUGGAAAGUAGAGGAGAGCAUGAACGCAGGAAGUGGCUCUACCGAGCGGAGUCUGAACGGAACUUUGGAGAACGAGAAGCUGUCUAGGCUCUCGCAUCAUAUUUCAAGACAAUCCUCUAGUGAUGCAAUCGUGGCCCUGAAAGGGGACCAGGAUGAUGGUCCGCUAACAUCAGAUGCAAGUAUCCACAUUUGGGCAACAUCCAAAGUUGGGAAGAAGAGGUCACCAGGGUCUUCUAAGGCCAGCCCAGCAUUGGCUCGUAGUUCAACCAAUCAGCAAGCUCGUACCUCACCCAAUCAACAAGCUCGGCAGAGCUCACCCAAUCAACAAGCUCGACAGAGCCUAGCUAAAGCGAUCAAACCACAAGAUCAUGACAUUUUCCCUGUGAAAGGUAGCAAAGACAGCCCUAAGAGGUCAAAGGUUAACAGUCCACGGAGCAGGUCACGGCAAUCGACCGAUACGGCGCCCUCGCCAAGGAAGCAGAGGGAGUCACCGCGCAGGCAGCUUUUUACGGAGAGAAAUCAAGAAGAGAAACAACGAUUGAAAGGCGAGACUCGAGGGGUUAUACCUCCGCCAGAUGGUGGAGACAAUGCAGUUGGAUCUAUUCUUUCAAAGGUUCGAGCUGGGGAAGUUCAGACCAGAGCUGAUUGGGAAGUGCAAACAAAUGUCACAGCAGGUUCUCAAAGAACUCGCACCCCAAAGAACCAGACUGAGAGUAAAUUUGACAUCAUUGAACGAAUCAACGAUCACCAAAAGAAACUAGAUGACCUUAUCAUGGAGAAGCGACAGCUGGAGACUGCUCUUAGUCAUGUGCCCAUAUCAGGAAGGCUAUCACGUAGCUCAAGGAAAGAAGAGGAAUUACUGGAGCAGCGGCUAGAACAGGUAACCCAGCAACUUGGAUCAGUCCGGAUGCUUCUACGAAAAUACAACGCCCUCAAGAGUUCAAUUUGAGCCAGGGUACAUGUCCCACAUUGAAUGAUCAUCCAAAAAGAUUGAUUGAAUGAUAGUAGUGAUGCCGAAGAGCUUGAGAGGUGUUUCAACAUGAAAUGAUAUUUGAAGUUAGUAGAAUUUGAAACUUUGCAUGGUGGAGAUACAAUCUAGUAAGGUUUGCAGUAACACCAUGUACAUG